CUUGGCAUUGUUUGGUAUUGAAUGGUAUAGUUUUAUCACCUACAUAUAGUUGUGUAUAGAGCUGUAUAAAUUACAAAAACUGGUUAUCACCAUGCUGUCAGCAGUCAUUGGCUUUGUGUUACUGGCAUGCGCAUAUGCGCAAGUAUCUCAACCACCCCACUAUAAGGAAAAAUAUCCAGACAUUUAUAAGUUUGUCAAGCAAGCUCGUCGUCCCCGUGACGUCACAUGGGAUACGAAAGCAGGAGAUGGCAAGGUCUUCGGCACCCUCGGCAAUAAGGACGACGGCAGUCUCUUUGGUAAAGCGGGCUACAAGCAAGACAUAUUCAACGACGACAGAGGCAAGCUGACCGGCGAGGCGUACGGCACUCGUGUACUGGGACCCACUGGUGACGCCAGUCUCUUGGGCGGCAAGCUCAACUGGAACAACGCCGCUAAGGACGCUGAGGCUAACUUCGAACUGACAAAACAGAUUCAUGGAAGGACUGGCGCUCAGGCAGAUCUCUCCAAGGUGUGGAAUUUGGACAAGAACACGCGCAUCUCAGCGGGAGGUCACGUGUCGCAGGCUGACCUCGGACGCGGCAAGCCGGACUACGGCGUCGGCGCUAAGUUCGAACACUUCUUUGGCGGUUUUUAAGGCUAAAAGACAACUUAUAUGCAAAAUAUAUUAUAAACGACUA